AUGAAUGUGCACCUCAGCUUUGAGGAUGGCUGGAAGGUCCUGGAACAGGGCAUUGUGACAUGCUCAAAGAUUUUGGAGGGAUCCACUGGUACAAGGCCUACUGUUGCUGAGUACAUGAAUUGCUAUGACUGUGCUUAUAGAAUGGCUGUGCAGACAACCAGCUAUUGUGAAGAGAUGUACAAUGGUUACAAGGCUACACUUGCAGAAUCUGUUCGUGCACUGGUUUGCCCCCAUCUGAUGCACAAGAGAGACGGCUACCUUUUGAGACAGCUUGCGAAUAUGUGGUCUAACUAUUGUAUCAUGGUUAAAUGUGUAUCUGGCUUCUUCAACUAUUUGGACCGUUGCUUUGUUGAGCAAAGAAAGCUACCUUGUCUUGAAGACACUGCUGCCACUUCUUUUUUCUCUACAGUCUUUUCCUUCUUCAGUCAUGAAGUAUCAGACGCUCUGCUGACUUCGAUUCUCCAAGAGCGUGAUGGAGGCAAUGCUGAUAUGGACAUCUUGAUGGGCAUUAUGCGUGGCAUAUGUCGCUCUGAAGUCAAAUCCUUCAUUAAAAAUGCUGUUGUUCAAGAUACAUAUGCUUACUACUCCAGGAAAAGUUCUGAAUGGAUUGUUCAGUACCCUCUACAAGAUUACCUUGCCAAGGUCCAGGAUUGUAUGGAGAAGGAAACCAUGAGAUUGAUGCACUAUCUGUGUAUUUCUGAGGGAGAUAGCACAGAGCUCUGUUUGAAGGUUGUUAGUGCUCCAUUGAUGCAAACUUAUGACAGCUAUGCAAGAGAGAAACAGAUUGGUGGCCAACUUUUGCUUCAAACAUACAAGACAGUGGAGGAUGAUCUGCUGGCCAGAUGCAAUCGCUUGACAAUUGACAGCGGCGUGGACAACAGUUCUGGCAGUUACAUGGAGUAG